GGUUUUGUUCGUUUUGGUACAAGUUUUCUUAUUUCUUAUCAUCUACCUAUCAUCAUUGACAAACAACAAUGACCACCUCUUUCCCUCGCUCAAUGUCCUGUAUAGCCAACACUGCUCUUCACCACACCAAAUCUGAGCAGCUGAGACAUUUUGUUUCCAACUCAGUUUCACGGCUCCUCUGCACUUCUUCGACUCAGCCACAACGCGAAAACCCUAUCAACGAACAAGCACAGGCACCUCAAGAAUCUCCCCAUGAUGAGAGCAAACAAAGCCAUGAGCCCAAAGAAAAGGAUGAAGAUAACGAUAGUUAUAACAAAGAAACAGGUGAGAUAGGUGGACCCAAAGGGCCCGAGCCCACUAGGUAUGGUGAUUGGGAACGCAAUGGUCGCUGCUCUGAUUUUUGAGUUUUUACUGCACUCUGUAUAUCAUAAUAAUACACAAUAAUAAUAAGUUCGAUUAGUAAUUGUGUGAUUGUUCUGUUCAGUUCUGAUUGCAUGACUGUAAGUGAUGAUUAUGUAAUAGUGUUGUUGUCUUUUGAUUCAUUAGUCAUUACUAUUAUGCAGUUAAAAUUGAGUGAAUUGGAAUAAAGAGCUUGCUGCUUGCAUAUUCCCAA